GGUCGUUUGGCCAGCAUGAAGCCGCCGCAGCGACAACGAGUGGCCCCCGCGCGGUACCUGGGUGUUGCGACCGGCCCCGCGGCCUGGAGCGUCCGCGAAAAGCGGCAGCUGCUGCGACUACUGCAGGCGCGGCGGGGCCAGCCGGAGCCGAACGCCGCGGAGUUAGCCCGGGGGCUGCCGGGCCGGAGCGAGGACGAGAUCCAGGACUUCCUCCAGCAGCUCAAGGGCCGUGUGGCCCGCGAGGCUAUUCAGAGGUUGCAUCCAGGGGGACCGCUGGGUCGACGGCGCCAGACCCCGGCCCCCAUAGAGGUGUGGAUGGAUCUAGCUGAGAAGAUAACAGGCCCACUGGAGGAAGGCUUGACAGCUGCCUUCUCACAGGUGCUCACCAUCGCGGCCACAGAGCCCCUCAGCCUCCUGCACUCCCAGCCUUCGAAGCCCACGCAGGCCCGUGGAAAGCUGCUGCUCCUCAACACCCCCAGGUGUCAGGAGGCGUCCAACCCUGGGGUCCCUGUGCCUGACACUCCUGGAGUCCCUGAGGCCCCUGUGCCUGACACUCCUGAGGCCCCUUCCAAGCCUCCAUCUGGCCCCUCCUCCAAGGAGGACUUCACCGUGGACUUUGAGAAGAUCUACAAGUACUUGGCGUCCUUCUUCCGAAGUGGCCCAGGACCUGAGCUCUCUCCAGCUGAGUCAUCCGUGGUCCUCGACCUGCUCCUGUCGCUCCCUGAGGAGCUGAGCCACCUGCCCUGCACAGCCCUUGCUGAGCACAUGACUGGAGCAUACCUGCGCCUGACGGCCCCCGAGCCCAGCCUGGCCAAGGAGGGCCUGGGGCCCGGGACUGAGGAUAUGGAUGCGGGCUCCAGGGGGCACAAGGAGCCUGGCCAGGCCACCCCCCAGGUCUCUGAGAGUGCUGGGCCCAGUGAACCGAGAUCGGCCUGGCAAGCAGCUGGGGUCUGCCCCCUGAACCCCUUCCUGGUACCCCUGGAGCUUCUGGGCCAGGCAGCCACCCCUGCCAAGUGAGGGCCCUGGCCCUCAGAGGACACACGUGGACAUUGUGCUCCCUGGUUGUUAUGAGGAUCCUGUCAUGGUGGAAGUUUUGGACAGCACUGGCUGGCCCUUAAGGUGCUCCAUAUAUCUGAAGUCUCAAGAAUGGAAACACAGUUGUAGAGGGGCUCCGUCACCCAACCCAGUGACGGCCUCAGAGCUGAGGGGAAUGUCCAGGCGGCUGAGUACACAGAACAGAGGGUGCAGGGACUGCGCACAGGAGCAGCCCAGUCUCCCAGAACUGACAGACAAAUGGUUGUGGCUGGCUUCUCCCGUUUCCCAAGCCCACGUGUGCCUCGUUUCUGGCCAGAGGUUCCAGGGGCUGGCGCUGGCCCCAUAAACCCCUCUCAUGUCCGCUCCUUUGUCUUGGUCCCCUUUUUAGUCCCUCUUCUGUACUUGCACCGAGCAUGCCCUCAGACCACAGAAGAUGCCCUCAGGUUCCAAUCCUCCCCAGCUUGUGGUCCAGCACGUGCCCCCCUCCCAACUCCUCACCCCUUCUCUGGUGUCCUGUGACAGUGAAUAAAGUUUUUGCCGACA